AUGCACAACAGUCCUGCUCGCGAAAAAAGGAUCCCGUUAGAAGUGGGCACACCGCAGUCCGCAGGUGAUAGCGAUAGCACAAGCGUUUCCUCGACUCCUAUCUCGACCCCACUUUCCACGCCCAUCGUGGCCACCGCAGGCAUAACGGCAUGGCUUGACACCACAUUGGAGGAACUAGUGCAGCCUGAGCUGUUUGUCUCGUAUCCGGCAAAAGACCCUGUCGAUCUCGCCACCCAAAUUAUGACAACAAAGCAGCUAACUUGUCUUCCAUUGACCAAUGCGGAGGGCGAUGUGGUUGAGUAUUUGGACUACUCGCACCUCAACUGCUAUCUUCUCCUAGUGCUCGGCCGGGUUGAGCCUGCCGGCAACCGUGCGGAUUUCCAUGCCCAAGCCGAACAAGUGCGAAAGGGAAUCCCGUCCAGCGCUGAGUUCGCCGCCCAGCUAGGUGCCGUUGACCCCAUCGUCCGUAUGCCCGUGUCGUCGACUCUGUCUGCUGCUGUGCGUCAAUUCGCCGCUGGCGUUCAUCGUAUUGCGUGCGUCGAUACAAAUGAUCGCGUCGUGGGUGUGCUGUCCCAGCGGCGCAUGGUCAAGUACGUUUGGACAAACAUCAAAAAGUUCCCGCUCCUUGAGGCGUUUUUGGAUAAGCCUCUUGGAGAGCUGCCUAUCGGGACUUACCAGGAGAUGAUCACAGUUCAAGGAGACGCACCACUCCUAGAUGCUCUUAGUCUUAUGCACGACGAAACAGUCUCCAGCGUAGCAGUCGUUGAUCGCGAAAAGAACCUGCUGGGCAACAUCUCCGUUGCCGAUGUGAGUCUGUUGACUCGUGGUGCCCAGACACCCCUAUUGGCCCAGCCCUGUAAACAUUUUUUGACGGUUAUUCUCGAGAACCGUGGCCUUGUCGACGGCAAGGACGUUGUACCUGUUUUUUAUGUUGAUCGCCAAACCAAGCUUGGGCUUAUUAUUGCCAAAAUGGUUGCCACAAAGGCACAUCGCCUGUGGAUCGUCGAACAACGCGAUCCCGACGCCAUCAGCAGCGGCAAACUUGUAGGGGUUGUUUCGCUCACAGAUGUCCUCAAUUUCCUUGCUCGUCAAGGCGGCUCCUUCCUCGACCCUGAGUCGGCCCGCCGCCACCGCCGCUCAUCUUCCAGCUCUGUGCGAUCGAACUCACGAGCAAGAAUGGGUGCCAGUCCGCAUAGCUCUCACAUGCGACCCAGUCUACACAAUUGA